AUGCAAUACCGUUCAACUCGUGGACAAGCCAAGAACUACUCUUUCGAGGAGGCCGUCAUGACUGGUCUCGGCCCUGAUGGAGGUCUCUUCAUUCCUCAAGAAAUCCCUGCUUUGCCUGCCAACUGGCGUCAAGCCUGGGCCCAAUACAGCUUCCAACAAUUGGCUGUCGAAAUCUUGUCCUUGUUCAUUGACGAUUCAGAAAUUCCUCGUGCUGAUCUCACCAAGCUCGUCGAACGCUCCUACGCUACUUUCCGUUCUGAUGAUGUUACUCCUCUUGCCAAGAUCCGUGACGGACUUUAUGUAUUGGAACUCUUCCAUGGUCCUACAUUUGCCUUCAAGGAUGUCGCUCUUCAAUUCGUUGGUAACCUCUUUGAGUACUUCUUGGAACGUCGUAACAGCAAAGAACCCGCCGGUGGCAAGACGCAUCGCUUGACUGUUGUCGGUGCUACUUCCGGGGAUACCGGCAGUGCUGCUAUUUAUGGUCUCCGUAACAAAAAGAAUGUCUCUGUCUUCAUCCUUCAUCCUAAUGGCCGUGUGAGCCCUAUUCAGGAGGCUCAAAUGACCACCGUUUUGGAUGAAAAUGUUCACAAUUUCUCUGUUGAAGGUACAUUCGACGAUUGUCAAGAUAUUGUCAAGAACUUGUUCGGUAACAAGGAGUUCAACAACCGUCAUCAUUUGGGUGCUGUCAACUCUAUCAACUGGGCCCGUAUCUUGGCUCAAACCGUCUACUAUUUCCAAGCCUACUUUUCUCUCUUACGCUCAUUGAACAUUGAUCCUGCCUCUGCAUCUGCUGAUGCCGUCAAGUUUGAUUUCUCUGUGCCUACUGGUAACUUUGGUGAUGUCUUGGCUGGCUACUAUGCUUACCGCAUGGGGCUUCCUACCAACAAGUUGUUGAUCGCCACCAACGAAAACGAUAUUCUCUGCCGUUUCUUUGCCUCUCAAGCCUACGAGAAGCAAACUGGUGCUGAUGGUGGUGUCAAGGCCACUUUAUCUCCUGCUAUGGAUAUCUUAGUCUCCUCCAACUUUGAACGUUUGUUAUGGUAUCUUGUCCGUGAGACCGAGUCUGAUAAGGGUAAGACUGAUAGUGAGGAGUUGUGCGACAAGGCUGGUCAAACUGUCAAUGGCUGGAUGCAAGAAUUAAAGGAGAAGGGUGUCUUCCGCGUGUCUGAUGAAGCUGUUUUGAAGGCUCGCGAGAUCUUUGAUGCUGCUCGUGUCACUGAUGUUGAGACCUCUGCCACUAUUCUCUCUUACUAUGUUCCCAAGAACGCUGAUCAAGCUCCUUAUGUCCUUGACCCUCAUACUGCUGUUGGUGUUGCCGCUGCUGAUGAAUACAUCCAACGCACUGGUAUCAAGACUUACCCUGCUGGCUCCGAUAUUCUCGUCUGUUUGGCUACUGCUCACCCUGCCAAGUUCUCUGAGGCUGUCGAAGCAUCUUUGAAGACUACUCCUGGUUUUGAUUUCGUCAAGGACGUCUUGCCCAAGGAAUUCAAUGGCUUAUUAGAAAAGGAGCGCAGAGUUACUCAUGUUGAGCGUGCUGAUCCUCAACUCGUCAUGGAUGUCAUUGAAAAGGAAUUGCGUGAAGAGGGUAUCUCUUUUUAA